AUGGGAUCAUCCUGGAGUUGCUGUGGGAACGAGAAGGUCGAUGAAGCGACAAACAGGAUAAGUGGAACUGGUAACGCCACAUGGAGGAUAUUCACUUACAAGGAGUUGCAUGCAGCAACUAAUGGUUUCAGCGAAGAUAAUAAGCUUGGAGAAGGAGGAUUUGGAAGUGUCUACUGGGGUAGAACUACCGAUGGUCUUCAGAUUGCGGUGAAAAAGCUGAAGGCCAUGAAUUCGAAAGCUGAAAUGGAAUUCGCUGUAGAAGUUGAGGUUCUUGGAAGGGUUCGGCACAGGAAUUUGCUAGGCCUUAGGGGCUAUUGUGCUGGCACUGAUCAACGGCUCAUUGUAUACGAUUACAUGCCUAACCUUAGUUUGCUGUCCCAUCUCCAUGGUCAAUUUGCUGGGGAGGUUCAUCUAGAUUGGAAAAGGAGGAUGAAGAUCGCAAUUGGGUCAGCAGAAGGCCUACUGUACUUGCACCAUGAGGUCACACCCCACAUCAUUCAUAGAGACAUAAAGGCAAGCAAUGUACUGCUGGAUUCAGAUUUUGAGCCUCUUGUUGCUGAUUUUGGUUUUGCAAAGUUAAUCCCAGAAGGAGUUAGCCACAUGACCACUCGUGUUAAGGGAACUUUAGGGUACCUAGCUCCUGAAUAUGCCAUGUGGGGUAAGGUAUCAGAGAGCUGUGAUGUGUACAGCUUUGGUAUUCUCUUGCUAGAACUUGUCACAGGAAGGAAACCAAUAGAGAAGCUCCCUGGUGGUGUUAAAAGGACUAUAACAGAAUGGGCAGAACCAUUAAUAACCAAAGGGAGGUUCAAGGAUCUUGGUGAUCCAAAACUUAGAGGCAAUUUUGAUGAAAACCAACUGAAACAAAGUAUUAAUAUUGCUGCCCUAUGUGUGAAAAGUGAGCCUGAAAAUAGGCCUACCAUGAAGGUUGUUGUUAGCAUGCUAAAAGGGUAUGAUCCAAGAGGCAAAGUGAUGCCAACAAGAAUUAGAAGUAUCAAAUAUAAGGAAGAAUUGCUAGAACUUGACCAGCCUAGUGAUUAUGAAAAUGAUGGUGAUGGUCCUGAGGAAAAAGGGUAUGGAGUUUUUGGUGCCAUGGAGGAGCAAAAAAUGCAAGACCCUUACUUGCAUCAUGGAAAAAGCAGGAAAAUGGCAAGAAAAUAG